GCGGGUCUAGUUCCAACGCAACCCCUCCCCCGUCAGGUGGAGGCGCUGCUGGCGGCGGGCGUGGGCCCCAACGCGGCGGCGGCCGACGGCGCCACGGCGCUGGCGCUCGCGGCGCAGCAGGGCCACCUGCGCUGCGUGGUGCAGGCGCUGCUGGCGGCCGGCGCCAACCUGGAGGCGCGGGACGUCACUUGGGGCGCCACCGCGCUGCACUGGGCCGCCAACAGCGACCACCUGCGUGUGGUGCAGGCGCUACUGGCGGCCGGCGCCGACCCGCGCUCCGUCCGGCCCGACGGCCUCACCGCGCUCAUGCACCCGGCGGAGCGCGGCCACGCCGACGUGGUGCGCCUGCUGCUCGCCAGCGGCGUCGACGUCAACGCGCGCAACAAGGUCAACCAGCUGACGGCGCUGUCGUGGGCGCAGCGCAACCAGCGCACCCAGGUGGUGGAGAUCCUCAAGGCGGCCGGAGCGCUCCCGUGAGCGCGCCCUGGAACCUGCCGUCACGCCCACCAUAAAGCACUCGUGUUUGAAAUUAAGUCCCCCAUGCCAUUAAACGUCGAUGUUCUAAAUUUAGUCACCGAUGUUUCUUAUGUAUUGAUGUUUAAAAGUAAGCCGCCGAUGUUAUUAAACAUCAAUAUUCUAAAUUAAAUCACCGAUGUUCUUAUGUAUUGAUGUUUAAAAGUAAACCGUCUAUAUUAUUAAACAUCAAUAUUCUAAAUUAAAUCACUGAUGUUAAUAAACACUGAUGUCCAGAAUUAAAUCGUCGAUGUUUAUAAAAUCGAUGUUCUAAAUUAAAUUAAAUUGAUAUUUAAAAUUAAAUCUUCGAUCUUAUUAAACAUCAAUAUUCUAAAUUAAAUCACCAAUGUUAAUAAACGUCGAUGUUCAAAAUUAAAUCGACGACGUUAAAUAAACAUCGAUGUUCAAAAUUAAAUUGACGAUGUUUAUAAAAUCGAUGUUCUUAAUUAAAUCGUCGAUGUUAAUAAACAUCAAUGUUCAAAAUAAAAGUGAUAUUGUUAAUAAACGUCAAUAUACAAAAUUAAAUCGUCGAUAUUAAUAAUCAUCGUUGUUGAAAAUAAAAUAGACGAAAUUAAUAAACAUCGAUGUUCAAAAUCAAAUAUUCGAUGUUAAUAAACAUCGACGGUUUGAACACAAACUGCUAAUAAUACAAUCAGUUAUUUUUCUUUUUUUUACUCUUUACACUUUUAAAAUUGUGAUUAUGGAAUUUUCAUUCGCAUCAUAAACGUAAAAGGAUGCAUCGAGCGCUAAACAUCGAUGCUAAAAACACUUUCUUUAAUAAACCGAUGUUUAAACAACACUGUUUCUAUAAAAACAUCAGUGUAUUGAAAAUAUCGGAAUUGAAAUGACACCCCUAGGAUAGAUUUUGCUUCUCGCUUUCUGCUUCCUAAUUGGCGUGGUAGUGGUUAUUUUGUCAGCAGCCUAGAGGUUGGCCCGAUAGCACCAUUACUAUAUAAUUAGACUCCAGGUAGGGCUGGCUUGCGGCUUUCAUGCUUCAAUUUUUCGCGAUUGUUUUUGUUCGUCAAAGAGCGUGGAGACAGCCUCAGUGUACAAUCCUGUGGCAAUGCUUUUACAUCAGUCCUGGGUAAAUGUUUUCUUUGUUCAACUUCUUUUCAUAGUUGAAAAUUUUGUUUGCAUGCAAACCCCUUUAAAAAACAUGGGAUUGCAUAUUAUGAAUACCCAAUUAACGUGUUAUGAUACUCUUAUUAUACUUAAUCAAUAGCUGAAAUAUACAGUACAAACAAAAAAGAUGUUUUUUUUUCUUUAUUGACAUGUAGUUAGUUGAUUUACCAGACGCUGGAAAUUUUCGUAAGCCCCAAUUAUUUUUUUAAUACGAACAUACACCAAGGAAUAUUGAAUAUCAUCUCAAUUAUAUCCUACAGAGACAAAUAAAUGUUGUCAAUUUAUAAUAUAACAAAAAUAAAACAAAAUAUGUAUUUUCUAAAACGGAAAGCAUUAUGUUGUGAAUUGUAACAAUUUACUCUAAAAUAAAUAUUUCAUAAUCGUCCAGUCAAUCAA